UGUAUCAAAUCUGAGCCAUUUGGCUUUGGUGGGCUUCACGUAGGAGAGCCCCCUUGUCGUAUGCUGCACUUAACGCGGGCGCAAGCCUCGUCAAUCGUUGGCAGGGCAGCCGCAAGGGCUCCGACCUUUCAUCCAAUUACUUCUCAUUUUCUUCACUGGUGGCGGAUCCACAGUGGGGUCGUCGGGGUCGCACGACCCCUUGGAAACCAUGGAAACAACCUUGAAGCUCCCAUAUGCGACCUCUUGGAGCUGGGGUCGUCGGGGUCGGACUCGCACGCCAACUGUUCGACAAAAAGCCUGAACGAAGACUCGGCAGGAAGAGGAAGAUAUCACUUCGGUAUCUUUCUAUUUGGCAUUGUGCUUGAUUUGGAGAACGGAAACUAUCAACUAAUUCCAUUGAGGCUCCGAAGAUUUUCUAUUGCGGCAGCACCAAGGAUGGUGGCAUUGCCCGAAUGGUUGCAGGGAGCUGCUAACACCCUACGAGUCUUGUGUAUUUGGGAUUGUGAAAACUUGGAUGCAUUACCUGAGUGGUUGACAAGUUUCACAUCCCUUAGAAUACUUCACCUUAGUGAGUGUCCAAAAUUGGUUUCUCUACCAGAAGGGAUGCAUCCACUCGAAGUUAAAAUAGAGCAUUGUCCUCAAUUGAAGAGGGGAAUCUAGUGCGAAAUCGACGAAGAUUGGCAAAAGAUUUCUCAUGUUCAAGGGGGCUGGGUCUGCUGUCUUUCCCCAUCUAUCUCCAAGUUUCUUUUUUGGCAGCACAUAUACUUGUCUUGGGACUGCCUUGUUUUGAUUGUAUCAUGCUUUCAUUCGUUUUAUGUAGUUUCGACUGCUUGUAUCUCUUAACCUUUGGGUUUGUUGUAUUUACCAAAAAUAAUAAAAUAAUAAAAACCAAAAAAAAAAAAAAAAACACCCUUUUGGGUGUGUAAA